AUGUCCACGCCGCAAGGCUCAUUACGCCAGCGCGGGAAAGACAGCUCAAACAAAAAGCGCCCUCAUACACCCAACAGCGAUGCCGCGAACGGCCAGAUCGAAGAGACCUGGGAGGUGUCGAAACAGAAGAUCAAAGAGACGGUGAAGCAAGACUGGGAUCAGAGGAUAGCCUUUACGAUCAUCACCAUCCUGGGCUUUUUGACCCGCUUCUGGGGAAUCAGCCAUCCCAACCAGGUUGUCUUCGAUGAGGUGCAUUUUGGCAAGGUGAGUGAAGGAAUGCGCCGCGAUGAUCUUCGUGGUAUAGCUGGACAAGGCUGACUCAAUUGGCGGACAGUUCGCGUCUUACUACCUCCGCCGCGAGUAUUUCUUCGACGUGCACCCUCCCUUUGGCAAGCUCCUUUUUGCAUUCGCUGGCUGGCUGGUCGGCUACGAUGGCUCCUUUCUCUUCGAGAACAUCGGUGACUCGUACAUCGACAAUCACGUUCCCUACGUCGCGUACCGAUCGAUGCCCGCACUCAUGGGAGCUCUUACAGUUGCAGUGACCUACUUGAUCAUGUGGGAAUCGGGCUACAGUCUUCCAGCUUGCAUUGUUGCCGCGUCGCUGGUGCUCUUUGAUAACGCGCAUGUGGGACAGACGAGGCUGAUAUUGCUGGAUGCUACCCUUGUGCUGUUCAUGGCGCUCAGCGUGCUCUGCUACAUCCGCUUCUACAAGCUACGCCAUGAUCCAUUCGGAAGGAAAUGGUGGAAGUGGCUGCUUCUUACCGGCAUCAACAUGAGCUGCGUCAUCAGCACAAAAUACGUCGGAGCGUUCACCUUCUUCUCCAUCGGUGUUCCCGUCCUCAUCGACCUGUGGGAUCUACUGGACGUAAACCGCAGACAAGGCGCGCUCAGCCUGCCCGAUUUUGGCAAGCACUUUAGUGCCCGAGUCAUCGGCUUAAUCGUUGUACCGUUCUUGAUGUACCUUUUCUGGUUCCAGGUCCACUUUGCGAUUCUCUCGCGAUCAGGGUCGGGAGACGACUUCAUGACGCCAGAGUUCCAGGAGACUCUGUCUGACAACUUGAUGGCCCAACAGGCCAUGGGAAUCGACUAUUUCGACAACAUCUCAAUGAGACACAAAGAUACCAAGGUCUACCUGCACUCUCAUACUGACAAGUACCCUCUGCGAUACGAAGACGGACGGAUCUCCUCCCAAGGGCAGCAAGUUACUGGCUAUCCACACAACGAUACCAACAACCUUUGGCAGAUCAUCCCCUCGGAGCCUUUGGAAGGACUUGGCCAUCACGUCAAGAACGGCGAUGUAGUGCGCUUGCGGCACUUGGUGACAGAUACCUGGCUUCUUACCCACGACGUGGCAUCUCCGUACUUCCCAACUAACCAGGAGUUCACCACUACCCCGCUUGAAGAUGCCAAUGGCAAUAGAUUCAACGACACGCUCUUCCAAAUCAAGAUCGACAACGGAAAGGACGGCCAAGAAUUUAAGACUCUGUCUUCGCACUUCAAGCUCAUCCACGUCCCGACCAAAGUUGCCAUGUGGACUCAUACGACACCUUUGCCGGAGUGGGGAUACAAGCAGGCCGAGAUCAACGGCAACAAGAACGCAUUGCAGACCUCGAACACCUGGUAUGUUGAGGAAGUCCAAGGCAUCCCUGUAGACUCACCUCGCCUUGUCAAAGAGGUCAGGAAACCAAAGAGCAUGCCAUUUCUGAAAAAGUACUUUGAGCUUCAGCGCGCCAUGUUCUAUCACAACAACGCGCUGACUUCGUCGCACCCAUACGCCUCCUUUCCAAUCCAGUGGCCAUUCCUUCUCCGAGGAGUCAGCUUUUGGACGGAGAACGAAACGCGGAGACAGAUCUACUUCAUGGGCAACCCUCUUGGUUGGUGGUUUGCAUCUGCUCUGCUUGCAGUGUUUGCGGGCAUCCUGUUCGCCGAUCAGAUGUCCGUGCGUCGAGGUGUCGAUGCACUCGACAGACGUGAGUAUCCCUCGAUCCCUAAAUCUUGAAUAGUCACUCACCGGCAUCAUAGGCACACGCUCUCGACUGUACAACAGCACCGGUUUCUUCUUCCUCACUUGGGCGGCUCACUACUUUCCAUUCUUCAUCAUGGGCCGUCAGCUCUUCCUGCACCAUUAUCUACCCGCCCAUCUCGCCAGCAGUCUUGUGGCGGGCUCCAUUGUCGAAUUUGUCUUCAACAUCGAGCCUCAGGAGAUUGCCAACGUGUCCGCCACCAACCCGAUUGUUGAUGGCAAGAAGGGCAACAAGGCACACGCGCGGCAACGCAGCAAGCCUAUCCGGGAACGCAUUGCCGGCCAAACCUUGCUGGCCACUUGGACCGCCUCCGGCAUCAUCGUCGCUAUACUUGUGUGGUCUUUCUGGUUCUUCUCGCCCCUCACUUAUGGUAGGCCUGGACUUGAAGUAGAUCAGGUCCUGGCGAGGAAGUGGCUGAACUACGAUUUCCACUUCGCUAAGUAA